CAGCUAACUGGCGAGCAAGAUUUCAAAGCCCUUUCUAGCUCUUCUCUUUGUUCAACUGCUCAGUUUGGUGUUGUUUGCCUCAAUCAAAUUCUGGUUUUAGCUAUUUCAUCAAUCGUCCUGUCGCAUAGAUAGCUCUUGUCUCUUCAAAUCUUCUAGCUCGAAGGCCUUACCCACAACCACCACACCUCGAGCUCCAGUCAUGUCCUUUUAUGUCUCAUCUGGCCAGCAGCGCACUCUCCGCGCAUGCAUGGUCUGCUCAAUCGUUCAACUCCACAGUAAAUUCAUGCGCGACGGCUGUCCCAACUGCGAACCCUUUCUGAACCUCCGCAACAACGCCGACAGCAUUCAAGAAUGCACAUCACAAGUGUUCGAAGGUUUGAUCGCCCUAGCAAACGAGCGGUUGUCGUGGGUUGCGCGAUGGCAAAGGUUAGAUGGCUACGUGAGCGGGACAUAUGCGGUCAAAGUUGUUGGAACGCUACCGCCGGAAGUCCUUGCAACUCUUGAGGAUGCUGGUGUCAAGUACUUCCCGAGAGAUGGAAGUGCUGUUGAUGAGGAGGGUUAGCUGUUCUCUUUAUUUUUUUUCGAUUCGGAUGCUUUAGCAGGAGUCGGCGUUUUGAAACGAAUUUAUCACGGACUCGUUUUAGAUCAUGUUUAACGCGCGUGAGCAUUGGCGUCGGUUGACAUAUGGUCCAGAUUUUCUUUUUCUUUUUACCAAAAGAUAUGAAAUGCUUUAUUUGUAUCGUCAUGGAGUUGUCUAAGUUGAUCAGAGACUGGACGCCUCUUACAAACUCGGAUUCACUGCAACGGCAAUGGCGUCAAGAGCCAAUAAAAAUGCAGCAUCAUAAAAUGGAAACAAAUGAGAGUGGAAAUAGUCACUCGUAUAUCA